AUGGCGUCAGUGUUGUCGUCUGACGAUUUUUCAGAUUGUUCCCAAUUUUCGGUAGCCUGGGAUGAAAACAUUAGUGUAAAAAGUGAUAACAUUGAUAUUCCAAUACCUCAAAAUGAAAAGACUACGAACUUAGUGUAUAAUGUAAUAAAUAGACAGUUGUACGGUAGAUUUGCGAAGAAUCCUAAAGCGAAGACUGAAAGAAUAUUCAACGGUAUUCAUCCGAAAUGUAAAUUUAAUUUGAGUUCUUUAAUAAAAGACCCAGAUUCGUUUAAUCACAUAUUUAUGGGCUUCACGAUGUGCGGUCAGUUUUUCGUAAGUUAUACUGAGAGAAUGUGUGAAGAUUUGUUCCCUCUGAGUUGUUUCGCUUCAUAUGAAUACGAACUGUAUUUGUGGAGGUUUGUGCCAGGACAAAAAUUGCAAUUCGUAUCCAAACAUAAGAUUUUCAAGCACCUAAAAAGCCCUGGAGUUCUGGAUAAAGUUAAAAUUAUGCAAUUUCCCAGGGAUUUGUACAAGUUGGUGUGCUAUGGAUUGACUACUACUAAUCCUGAUUUAAUUCAUAUCACGAUAUUGACUUUGCCUGCUCCUAAAAAUUGCAGGCAUUGUUGCAAAAUGUUUUCCAUCACUGAUGAAUCCGUAAACCAAGGUUGGUGCAUCAAACACGGCUUCAUAGUCCACUACAUGUUCUCUAUGUCCCAACCGACGCCUCUAUUCGAUCCUAAUGUAUCCCUAGCGUAUCCCAACCAUCUGGUAGUCAACACCGGCCAUCACAUACACAUCUUGAACAUCUCCACCUUGGAACCCCCCCAACUGAUGGUAUCGCUUCUAAAUCUACCGAAAGACGAGGACAGCAACAAAAUCAUCAACACUCCGACUCAUACAUUCAACGACACCUUGAGCGAAGUGUCCGAGAGUCCCAGCGAGCAUUUCGGUACGAACAGCGUCAUCGACGCCAUCUUGGAGGAUUUCAGUGAGUACGAUCUAGAUAGUAACGAGUGCAAUAAGCCUUUCCACGAGUUGAACAUCAGUUGCGAACCGUUGAACGUAACCGGUAAAAGUUAUCACAACACUUUGGUGCAAAACAUAGUCGAUCCUAGGGUCAAGCGGUUGCAGACCAACAGCAAGGAGUAUCUAUUUUCGGUGCCUCAAACCUCCGGGUCGCAAAAGAGUUUGGAGAAAAGCAAAAUCGAUAAAAAGAUCGCCGAGAAAGCAUACGAGUUCAUCGAAGAGAAUGAGAAAUACGAAAAAAUCAGUUCGUUCAGGAAGAAGAGAUUGGCUGAGAAGAAGUACGAAUUUUCCGAAGAUAAUAGUGAGAAUAUAGUACCGUUUAACUCUUUGAGGCGCGAUAGGAGGUUUUUAUAUAGAUCGCAGAGCAGAUGUAUCAGAUCGCCCGACUUUAAUUCGCUAUUUCUGAGUCCGAGGUCCAGCGGGAUCAGAUCACCGAUGCAAUCGCCGAAAUCGCGUUGCGGGCAGUUCUCGCCGAGCGGCGCGCGCAACUUAUACUGCCCAUCGUUACGGACCUCCUCCCCCCACCACUCCAAAUCGCCCAUAAGUCCGCGCGACGGCGCCAGGAAGGUGUACGUGUACUCGCCCAGUUUGGACGGCGGCGAUUGGUCUGAUUCGGAUUCGCGACUGGUGAUGCGGACGACGGUGGGGGGAAGUUCGGGUUCCGGGGGGGAUAGUAGGUUUAGUAAUACGGGUUUGUUGAUUGUAGACCCGAAAAUGGAGCGGCCGAAGUGGAUCAAGAAGGUGGUGAGGCGGUAUUCGAACGGAGAUUACGAGAACGGCAGCUUGGUGUCGGGACAGAGUAGAGAUGACUUUAAUCUGCCCAUCGAGAUUCCGUUGCUGGCGCAAAACUUGACCGAGCAACAGUUGGACGUCGUGCCGGACUCUAAGGUCGAUCAAUUGACCGAAAUACAAUUGAUCGUGUCGCAGCGGUCCUUCGAUUGCGAACAGUUCGUACAGCGCAGGGCGCAAAAGUUGUGCUCCGAAGCCGAAUUGGAUUUCAUGCAUUGUGAGGAUUACGAUAUUAAAAUUUUACAUAUUUGUCCUAUAAACGGCCAUAUAAUAUGCCAUGCCAUAAUUAAGAUAGGCGCCAGACGCGGCCCCAAUAAUUAUAUGUUGGAGCACUACACGGCCAAUUUCGUGUUUACGUGGAGCAUAGAAAACGACGCUUUUGAAGUCAUCGAUAACAAGGAACCUCCCAAAUUGUUACCGGCUCACGUGCCCUUAGAUUUUCCGGAAUACGAUUUUGCCGAAUACGAUAUUCCUAGAUGUAAAGAGGUCCUUGUUAUGGACUACUGUUACGCCUCAUCGAAGACCGCCCUCAGAGAUUACAAUAACUAUUACGAAAUUUGUCUGGAACCGACCAACAUGCCGAUCAGAUCGCACGUGUUCAUCAUACAGGGCUAUUCGAGCGACAGCGACUAG